UGUCAGUGGAUACGAUAGAGUUCGCUAGUGGUUGACGCAAAGUUGACAGUCUGGCGUCGAAAUUGAACGUAGUGGAGUGAAGUGUACGUUAACCCAAUUCGCUAUUUAUGUGUGAUUUCGAAUAAACUUGUGGUCGGAAUAAAAUUCGUUAGCAGAGGAAGGCCGCCAUCUUGCAUCGCUGCUGUUCGUUCUAAUCAAAAGACCAUUUCAGUUCAAGUUAUUGUCUGGUGCAGCAACCAGAUUAAUUAUUUAAGCAAAAAAAAAAUUUAAGAAAUAAUAUAAAUCCCGAACACAAAAAAAAACACAUAAAGAAAUUGGUAAAAUAUGGCUUUAAAAAGAAUUAAUAAGGAACUGCAAGAUCUUGGUCGAGAUCCCCCAGCCCAGUGCAGCGCUGGCCCAGUUGGCGAUGACUUGUUUCACUGGCAAGCAACAAUCAUGGGACCUCCGGACAGUCCGUACCAAGGUGGUGUAUUCUUCUUAACAAUACAUUUUCCAACAGACUACCCGUUCAAACCACCAAAAGUGGCUUUCACAACGCGCAUAUACCACCCCAACAUUAACAGUAAUGGUUCGAUUUGUUUGGACAUAUUAAGAUCUCAAUGGUCUCCAGCGUUAACUAUAUCAAAAGUUCUGCUGUCAAUUUGCUCUCUGCUGUGUGAUCCAAAUCCAGAUGAUCCAUUAGUUCCUGAGAUUGCAAGAAUAUACAAAACCGAUCGCGAAAAAUACAAUGAACUAGCUCGGGAAUGGACCCGGAAAUAUGCUAUGUGAUGUGAUGCUUUUUAAUAAAAGAGAGAGAAAAAUAUCAAUCCGUCAAAAAUGAAAAACACACAAUAAUUGCAUUAUUCUCUUAUUGAUUCUAGAAAUUAAAUGAGAAUAAUAAAGAUUAAUUGCAAACAAAAAAAAACAAACAGCAUCAUCCGGAUGAAAAAAAAAUGAGAGUAAAGGCAAAGAAUAAAAAAAAAAGAUUAAAUAACAACAACAACAAACAACAUGAAAAAUCACAAAAAAAUCUAUUAAAAAAAUUAAUAAAAAAAACUGAAAGAGAACGGAAACAUAUACAACUGAGCUAAAAUUUAUUGUAAACUGAAAUUAAAAAGCAGAAGAGAAAAAAAACAAACCAACAAAAACAAUAAGAGUAAACAAUAUCACCAAAAUUCAAAACCUGAAAAUAAAACCAAUAAAAAGCCGUAUGAAGAGAAAGAAAAAGCGUUCAGAAAUUACAAGAACACAGAGACACUCACAGCCACAACACACACACACACACACAACAACAAUAUUUACAUGGAAUCAUGGAAAAUAAAUAAUUAAUAUUGCUAUACUUAAUUUAAUAAACUUAGCCACAGUUCGCAUUUUGUUUAUAACGAAA